GAUGAGAAAUUUACUGAUCACAAUUGAUCGUAAAAAAUCUGUCUGCUGCUUGAGCUGGGUGCAUGUUCGGUGUCCUGCAGACUUGUACUUGUUUAUGAUUUAACCAUGAAUGUCUCUAGUCUCUUUUCGACAUUCAGAAAUAAUUGUCUCUACACUUCUUUUGUCCGGCAUGCUGUGAAAAAUGCCAACCCCGCUAUUGCUGGGCUUGGUGCAAAGAAGAGUAAAGGUAAACAAGAAUCUACGAAAAUUACCAUCUCAGUUGAGACUGACACACAUAAACUAGUAAGCCAUGUGUGUGGCUCCAACCUUAUGCAGACUGGUGAAGAUAUCCAAUUAAGACCAGAUAGCGAGUACCCAGAUUGGUUGUGGAGUAUAAACACGGGACCUGUCAAAAAAUUGGAAGAUCUAGAACCUGGCAGCAAAGAAUACUUAGAAAAGUUAAAAAGAAUUAAUAUUAAGAAAGCAAUGAUGAUUAAAUCGCUGAGCAAAAUCAAGCAGCAGUGAUUGUAUCUAUCCUUUCAUACUCAUGUGUUACAUUUGUUAUAGUGUACUGCAUCAAUUAAUUAUGUUCUAAAAAUACAUAGGCUCGAGGUCUUGAUUGGAAGGUGUUAUUUGUUUGCAGUUUAAUUUUUCAGCUCAAAAUAAAAAAAAAUAUCAAAUCUG